CGACCAAGUUUCCACAUCAAAUGAUGGAUUAAUGAAGCUGAAAAAAAAUAAAGGGCUUAAGCAAAAAAACGCUGGAAAAUUACGAAAAUCUGAUAAAGAAAAUAUGAAAACUGCAAAAAAAAAAUGGUGCCAAUUUUUUUCGAACUUUAAUAAAUUCUGAUGAUGGAGAUGACAUCGAGAUUUCCGAUGAUCACCCUUCCAAUGUUCAACCUCCACUUACACCACGCAAUCAACCAUCACCUGCCGUAUCACCAGCACACAGCGAGUUAUCAGACGGGUCAAAUUUGUCAGACGUGGGUGACAAUUCAUCUGUAGAGGUUGAACAGUUACGCAGAAAAAUUGCAAGACAAGAAAAGGAAAUUUCAUCUCUUAAAAAUAAAAUUGUCACGAAGGCAAUGUUAGAGGAUGGAUUACAAAUGGUUGUGAAUGAAAUAACAAAAAAUAAAGAAAAUGGUAGCCAACCUAACAGAAGACCAAUUAAUCAUCCACCACUCAAUAAUAAUGCAGAGGUUCAAGUUACUCCAGACUUUUCAAUGCCAUAUAAAAUGUAUUUACAAGCUUUACAUGCCCCCGACAUGAGAAAAAGGGCAGUUCGUGUGAUGCACGUCCUAUGGAAUGAAGAAUGGAGGGGAAAGCUUUUGGUCGAAGCGACCAGAGUUGGAAAUUGUGUUUACAUGGCACUCCAAGAAAUCAAAUUCAUAGAAUGUAGACAAAAAGACGGUGUGAUUGCUUACCUUCGGGACUGGACAAGCGUUUGGUUAAAAAAUUGGAAACCCCAAAAAAAAGCAAAGCGACAAAGCAAUCGACGCACUUAAAUGCAAUAAUAAUUAAGUUUAUUAAUCAUUAAAUUUUUAUUGUUAAUUAUUUAAGUAAAAGCCAAGCUUUAACAAUAUUUAUUAUAUUUUUAAUUAAUAUGUGCGUUGCAUUAUCUGUAAUAAAAAAAGCAAUACCA